UCUAAGUGAGAUGUGCUCAGUUUGAUCAUCUGACAGUGUAGCAAGAAGAGACUCAGACCUCAGACUGUAGAUGAUGAUGAUGAUGAUGAUGAUGAUGAUACUGAUGUGGAUUACUUUCAUGAUUUUUAAUAAAGUCGAUUCUACAGAGAACAAUGAUAUCUCUCAGCCUGACCCACUGAUCGCUGCUGAUGUUGGUGAUAACGUGACUCUGCGCUGCUUUACACUGGAAAAUGAUAUCUCUGGAUACGUCGUUUGGUAUCAGCAAAAAAUCGGACACGAGCCUCGCAUAAUAGUCGCAGUCCAACAUGAAUCCAGUUAUGAAAAUGAGUUCAAGCCACCGAAAUUCAACAUCAAUGAAGAAAAAAGGAAAUACCAUUUAAAAAUCGCUCACGUGGAACCAUCAGAUGAAGCCAUGUAUUACUGUGGAUAUAGAAAAUUUUUAACGAGGUUUGGAAAUGGAACAUUUUUAGCAGUCAGAGGUAAUGAAGAUGUAAAAGUGUCAGUGUGGCAGCACGGCAUGUCGGACUCGGUUCCUGCAGGAGCCUCAGUGACUCUGCAGUGCUCGGUUCUCUCUGAGAGCAGAGCAGCAGAACUCCAAGUGCUCUGGUUCAGAGCUGCUCCACCACAAUCCCAUCCUCAAAUCAUUUACACUCAUCACAACAGCAGCCAUCAGUGUGAGAGCGGCUCUUCUACACACACCUGUGUGUACACCUUCACCAAGAACAUCCUCAGCCUCAGUGAUACUGGAACUUACUACUGCGCUGUGGCCCUGUGUGGGAAGAUCAUAUUUGGGAACGGGACACAAGUACAGCUGGAGUCUAAGGAUCCUGUAGUGAUCUUCCUCGCUGUAGCUUUGGGAAUGUGUGUGGUUGUGCUCUUUGCUCAUAUCGUUACCUAUAAAGGGAGAAACCGUGAAUAUUUCAGUGGAAAAUCUCAAGAACAUAUGGUAAAUAAAACAUCAAAUCAGGUAACUAAUGCUGAGAUUCUUCUUUUUCUUCUGCUUCUUAAUAGUAGCAGUAGUAGCCUUAUUAUUUCAAUUAUUUUGCUUUUUGGUUUCACAAUUAGAAAAGCCUUAUUUGAUUGGGAUUUAUUGUAUUCAGCUAUUGGAAUUUAAGUGAUUGUGAACAAGCUUCCUGAAAACUUAUGUUGAACACCGAGUUCAGUCAGUGAUACUAUUUCUGUUAGAAAUGACCUAAACCUCAAAAUAGAAAAAAACACGUGAUCAUUUCUGAUCAUUUCUUGUCUGAAUUACAUUAGCUUAAAAACUAAUACAGCUCAAAUAAGGCUAAAUGUUACAAUUUGCUAAUAUUCCCAUCACUGACCUACACUGUACACAUAAUAUUUUAAAAGAAUCUCUCAUAUCCAUUCCCACAGGGCCGUGAUGCUGUGGAGCUGAAUUAUGCUGCCUUGCAAAUUCUUAAAAAAAGUAAAAAGACAGAACGAGCUCAUGAUAAUGUGUAUUCGGAAGUGAUUUACUCUACUGUGUCUUAGAUAGUAGAUGUCAAUGAGUU